UAGAGACGCCCCACCUCUUUUGACAAGAUGGCGGCGCCCAGCUCUAACGCGCCUCGCCUCUGGGUCUGGGGUUCCAGGCAGCGUUUGGGGAGUGUCUUUAGCCUCUUCUCAAAGCCAUUUUGUUCGGCCGCUGCUGCGUCUGGGACCAUGAGUGCCCAGCGAUUAGCGGAGAAGCUCCGAGCCCAGAAACAGGAACAAAAGACGAAGCAGCAGCCGGUGCCCACAAGCCCUGUUCAGCGGAGAGUUCAAGAACUAGUACGGUUCACAAAGCAGCUGCAACGAGUCCACCCCAACGUGCUUGCUAAGGCACUGAGCCGAGGGAUUGUGCACCAGGACAAGGAUCUCGUGGUCAUCAAUAAACCUUACGGUCUCCCUGUGCAUGGUGGCCCUGGGGUCCGGCUGUGCAUCAGUGACGUAUUGCCCAUCCUGGCAAAGAUGCUUCAUGGCCACAAGGCAGAGCCCUUGCAUCUGUGCCACCGGCUGGACAAAGAAACUACAGGUGUAAUGGUGUUGGCCUGGGAGAAGGAAGUGGCACAUCAAGUACAGGAGUUGUUUAGAACCCGUCAGGUGGCAAAGAAGUACUGGACCAUCACAGUGCGCGUCCCCGUGCCCCCGGCGGGAGUCGUGGACAUCCCUGUCAUCGAGAAGGAGGUGCAGGGUCAGCAGCAGCACUACAAGAUGACACUGUCCCCAGGCUUCCGCAUGGAGGAUGGGAAGAUGGUGAGAGCACGGAGCAACCGGAAGGCGCACACAGCUGUGACUCAGUACCAGGUGCUCAGCAGCACUCUGUCCGCUGCCCUUGUGGAGCUCCAGCCCAUCACCGGAGUAAAACAUCAGCUUCGAGUUCAUCUGUCUUUUGGACUGGAUUGCCCAAUCCUUGGUGAUCACAAGUACUCAGACUGGAAUAAGCUGGCCCCCCAGAAGCUGUCUCUUGGUACCCUGAAGAAGCUGGGGCUGCACCAGGCGAAGGCCCGUCACAUCCCGCUUCACCUGCACGCGCGCCAGCUGAUCCUGCCGGCCCUGGGGUCCAGGAAGGAGGAACUCAGCUUGGUCUGCAAGCCUCCUCGCUUCUUCGUCUGCUCCCUGCGACGCCUGGAUCUACAGAUGCCAAGUCAGGAUCAGAAUGGGGACGACGAAGCCGGACGUGAGGGUGCAAUAAAGACCGCUGGGCUGUUUGGCCCCUGAAUCCUUCACUUUGUUUCAUGGAUCUCACUUGGGACAGACUCCAGAAGAGCCAGGUGUGGGAAGUGGAAGAAACCCAGCUGCUUCUAGGCCUUUACUGGACACUAAGUCCUAUUUACUGAGACACUGGCCGCACUCUGGAAAAGCCUGCGGGCAGUCUCCCUGCCUCCCAGUCUCCUUGCCCAGAGGGAAGAGAGCCCAGGACCAGGCAGACUGGGUCCAUAAUUGAAAAAGGAGAAACUCGAGCACAGAAUCUGUGCUCUGAAACUGUUUCCGUCCAACAAUAAAUCCCUUGAUCUAUCUGGAA